CCAUUAUUGCUGAGGCUGUCCUGGCACUGAAGCUUCCACAGAAUCUUGCCCUCUCUGAGGUGUGGGAAUGCAGCAGCACAAGGGCAGUUCUUGGGCAUCAUCUCCAGGCUCUGCAGCCCAAGGAACGAGCAUAAAUCAUUCCCAUGUCCCUCCAAUAGUUAAAGGACUCUUUUUCUGUUACCAGAAAGUCCUAAUUGUUUUGGUUUGUUGUUUGUUUGUUGGUUUUUUUUUUUAACCUCUCCACAUUAGAGACUUAAUUUUUGUAAAAAAUAGAAGCAUUUUUGUUGUUUGUUUGGAAAGAUGCUGCAGUUGUCCUUGCCCAGCCCCCCUUAAAGCAGCUGUGAUUUGGCAGUGACAAGCAUUUAUUUCUGUUUCCUUCCUGGGAAGUGUUCAGACCUCCUGUCCCCCAGCUGAGGGGUAACCCUGGAAGCAGCACAAGGCAUCAGAGUCUUUCUGCACUGCUUGCUUUGGGUUUUCUGGUUCAGCUCUUGGGGUUCUGGGCAUUCUCCCAGCCAUGGAUCUUUCAGGUAGCAGAAGUGGUGACUGCCCUGUUGUCCUGGUUAGUUAUUGGUAUGAAUCAACCUCUGAAACAUCCCUGCACAUCAUUUUAAUUAUGAAACAGGAGAGGGUUUAUUAAAAAAGUCAAAUUUAUGUUCAUUCUAUAAAUGUCUCCAUGAAUGAGUUCCACAUGAAGAGCUUUUUGUGCUCAACGGGAUCAGUUUUAAAAUCGUGUGUGCGUCAUCGCUUUCAAAUAUUCCUUUUGUCCCAGUGUUUGAAAGAAAUACUUUAUAGUUCAAGAAGUGUGAAAGUUUGGGGUUUUUUUCAGAGAACAGGGAGAUAUCUGAAGACAGCUGGUGCAACCUGAGGCAGAUGAAGGAACACUCUCUGCUUUUCCAGGCUUUUUGUGUGUUGGAGAGGAAGCUCAAGCUGAGGUCAUGUUAAACAGUAAUUUCUUUGCUGUCACCUUCCUCCAAAGUUCCAGGCAUGAAGGGGUCACCUCUUCUGGUGCAGCUCCAGUGAAGUCAAGAGGUAUCUAUUUUGUACCAGAGCUGUGGGAGUUGAGUUGAAUUUCACUGAUUCUUCACUGUUUCUUCCUCAGAGUGAGAGAUAUUUGUUACCAUUUCAGUCACAGACUGUAGUGAUGGGUGGCUUAAAACACGAUUUAUGUGUCAUCCAUCAUUCACAAAAGAGUGGAGGCUGCACAGACCACUUGGGUUUAGAAGUAACUCCCCCAUUGUGUUCAGAAGGGCAAGAAUAAAUCUGUCACUGUCCAAUUGCUUCCUCUAGAGAUGCCAGGAUUGUUCAGACUUUGUAUCUCACAGCACGUCCCUGCUUCCACAAAUAGAAAUAAUUUGCUUAAGCCCUUUCUUUCUGAAUCCUUUAUUCUUCAGCUCACUGUCUGUGCUGGUUUUCAUGAAGUCCUAAUCAGAUAUAUCAGUCUCUCCCUAGACUGCCUUUUUACUAUUCCAUAUUUGUACUUGUGUUACGUGGGGUUUGGUUGGUUGGGUUUUGGUUGGUUGGUUUUUUUUUUACCUCCCCCAAGACUCCAGCGAUAUUUUCUAGUUAAGGGUUUAAUUCUUUAAUUUUCAGGAUUUCUCAAAUGUUAUUUCUCUGAAAAAGAAAUAGAAAUUGCUCUGUCAAAUGCACUGUGAUGCAGCAGUGAUGAGCACAGCCAUUGCAAAACAGUAUCUGCUCCAAAAUGUGGAGUAAAAGGACAGGCCAAAGCCCUGAAUUCAGCCCAGCUGUGCCCAAUGCCUCGGGGUGUGAGCAGCCAAAGGCAAGAGGCUCCAGCCCCGCCGGCCGUGCUGGGGGCUCCUGGUCCUGCCCGUGGGGUGGGCUGGAAAAUGAAACAAAAGGGAAGCUUCAGAAGCAGAUUUGUCGAGUUGUUCUGGAUCACUUUGAGAAGCAGUACACGGCAGAACUGGGAAAUGCCUGGAGCAGUGUCAGAGAUGUCCUCACAGAUCCCCUGUGCUGGCAGCACUCGGUUCUGCUGAACAGGUUCAGCCCGUGCCCUGAGCUGGAGAGCAGGCUGUGUGUGCAGGGCUAUCACCCUGCCUUCCAAGGAGCUCUGCCCUACCUUCCAGCAGCGUUGAAGUGCUACCUCAGGAGAACUCCUGGGAGAUUCCCUGCUCCCAAACACCAGGCUGGCAGACUGAAGGAGUGUUACCUGCUGAACGCGGCUUCGCUGCUGCCCGUGCUGGCCUUGCAAGUGAAGGAUGGGGAGAAGGUUUUGGAUCUCUGUGCUGCUCCAGGGGGGAAAUCAGUGGCUAUCCUGCAGUGUGCCUGUCCAGGUUGGUUGCACUGCAAUGAAUUUGAUGAUUUGAGGGCAAGAUGGUUGGAAGAGACCAUAGAAUCCUUCAUCCCACAGCCUUUGAUUGACUCGAUAACGGUGUCUAAACUGGAUGGCAGGCACAUUGGAGAUCUUAAGCAUGAAUUAUAUGACAAGGUACUGGUUGAUACUCCUUGUUCAAAUGACAGAAGUUGGCUUUUCUCUUCUGAUACUCAUCAAGCUACACUCAGGCUGCUCCAGAGGAAGGAAUUAUCAUCUCUACAAUUCCAGCUCCUGAGGUCUGCUGUCCAAGCCCUGCGUCCUGGUGGCUGCUUGGUGUAUUCCACGUGCACUCUGUCCAGGGCAGAAAACAGUGCUGUGAUCAACCUGGCCCUGAGCUCCUGCAGCGAUCUUGUGCCUGUGGAUAUCAGUGAGAUGGGCAGGGCUGUCUCUCAGGAAUUCACUUUUCUGGCUGGUUUGCAGCAGCACGAGCUUCUGGUCCUUCCAGAGAGAGGGAGAGCCUGGGGGCCGAUGUACGUGGCUAAAUUAAAGAAAAUCUAGUCCAGCUGCUGCCUGUGGGCUCUUUGUGAGGAAGAGAUGAUAAAUUAAUCCUGAUUUAUGAUACAGGACGUGUAUUGGAACAUGUCCAGGGGAACUGAAUUUAGAGCAUUGCUGCCUAAUAAAAAGGAAGCUGGAUAUUUAACUU